GGGGUGGGGGUUGGGAUGGGGAGGCGGUGCAAGCAGAAGGCGGAUGAUAUCGCCGAGGAGCUCUGCUUCGUCUGCAAGGACCGCGGCAACCUCCGCGUCUGCGACUCCAAGAACUGCCUCAAAGCUUACCAUCCGCGCUGCGUCGGAAAGGAAGAUAACUUCCUUAAUUCUGAUGACCAGUUCAUUUGCGAAUUGCACAAAUGUGCUAGCUGCAAAGGGAAUUCAGACUAUCAUUGUUUGUGCUGUCCAAUUUCCUCUGUAUGCUGUGAAUGCCUUGGAAAAGCUGAAUUUGUACAAUUGAGGAAGCAGAGCCAGAAAGGAUUAUGCACUAUCUGUUUAAAAUUGGUAUUGUUUGUUGAGAAGAAUUCUGAAGCUAAUUCUGAUGGGGAAAUGGUUGAAUUUAAACAUAUGGAGGACUAUCUUGUUUUGUUUAAAGACUACUGGGAGGCUAUUAAAGUCAAUGAAGGUUUGGCAUUGAUUGACUUGCAAGAAGCCAAUGUUGGUCUUAGAAGAAGCCUAAACUGUAAACAAGGAAGGGAUUCAGAGAAACCCCCAGAAGAAGGUUGUAGGGCAGAUGAGAAUCCAUUGAGUGUUAAUGAUAUCCUGGUUGGCGUAAAGUUCCAACCAAGCGAAGCAAAAGUGUCACUGAAGAGAAAGAGAUCAAACAAGAAAACAUAUGUUGGUUGGGGUUCAAAAGAGCUAAUGGAAUUUUUGUCAUGUAUUGGAAAGGAUACAACUAAACCUCUUGAUCAAUUUGUACUUACUGGAGUUGUUAAGGAGUACAUCCAGCAGAGGAAUCUAUUCAAUGACAGGAAAAGAAAAUCUGUAACUUGUGAUAAUCAGCUGCAUUCUUUGUUUAGGAAAAGAAAAGUGAAGUCAAAUAUGAUCCAUAGCUUGCUGGAAUUACAUCUUGCGGAAAAUGCUGCUUCAGAUGAUGAAUUUCUCGAUUCUGAGAAUGAUGAAGGGCCAAGUAUGAAAAAGAAGCCUCCUAAUUGUUUGAAGGCAGAGACUUCUGAGAGGGAUUCAAAGAGAAACAGGAACUGCUUUGCAGCUCUUAACCAAAAUAACUUGAAAUUAAUUUAUCUGAGAAGAACUUUAGUUAUGGAUCUUCUAGGUCAAGACAUGUUUGAACAGAAAGUUGUUGGUAGUUUGGUUAGAGUCAAGAAUGAUUUCAAGAAUUAUAGUUAUCGAAUGUCUAAAAAACCAUACCAGCUUGGCGUAGUAACAGGCAUUAGGAAAUCUUCACAAAAAUACAAGAUAAAGGACAAAGAUACAGAUAUUCUUUUAUGUGUUUCCAAUAUGUGGGAUGAAAUCAAGAUCUCCAUGCUGUCCGAAGAGGACAUAGAGGAGGAUGAGUGUAAUGAUCUCCUUAUGUUGGCAAAGAAAGAAGUCUUCAAAAGACCUACAAUUGCCGAUUUAGAAGAGAAAGCUGCAAGUAUACAUGUGGACAUCGUAAAUCAUUGGAUUGAUAGAGAAAUUAUGAGACUGGAAAAGGAGAUUGAAAGAGCACAUGAGAAGGGUUGGCGCCAAGAAAUGCAUGACCUUAUUAAUAAAAAACAACUCCUAAGCACACAAGCCGAAAGACAACGUCGUCUUGCAGAGGUCCCAGAAGCUAUUCAAGAAAUAGAAGAGAGAAAAGAGGAUGAAUUUGUUUUUGCAGCCAGCAAACAUCUUGAAGAAACUAAAGGUUCAGCAGUGCAAGUAGCUGAUUACUCCAAAAUUGAAAGGGCUAAAUCACAAGAAGGUGCAAAAGAGCAAUUAACUGGAUCUUUGGAACUUGCUACAGAGAAACCACCAGAAGAUGCAUCAAUGCAAGUAGCUGAUUCAUUGGAGAUUGUUAAAGAGGAAGCUUCAGAAGAUGCAUCAGGGCAAGUAUCUGAUUUCUUGGAGGUUGUCAAAGAGGAAACUCCAGAAGAUGCAUCAGGGCAAGUAGCUGAUCCCAUGGAGGUUGUUACAGAGGAAACUCCAGAAGGUCUAGGAGCAUCUGAGCUGGUGGAUACUACUUGUGAAGUUGCUUUGGAAGCACCUGGUAAAGCCCUUUGUAACGGUGGUACUCCCGGUCCUGGACUGCGCAAUCAAAUCCCAAGUGCUCAAGAUGGUGUCACGGCUCAACGCGUCGAUGUGAGAAAUGGCCAUGGCGGAGAUACCCCAAGGCAUCUCAAUGGCGGCAAGAGUGUUGUUGUCAUCGAUUUGGACAGCGAUGAUGAGGACGAGGAUCUUCACCUGGUGCAACGUGAACCACGUGCUGCACGUUCUACUCCUGUAGCCGCUGCCAUUGACGUGAUCAUGGCUCCCACUCUUGGUGCUCCGGGAGCCAUGAAUGGUGCUAGUGCUCCCACGCUUCUUCCUCAUGCUACCACGAGACCCAGAAAUGGUACCACAGCGCCUAUAGGCCGUGCUCCUGCACUGGCUGCGCUUCACGCGCUGCAAUGCAUGAAUCCACCAGGUGAGCAUGAGCCCAUGUGGAAUUACAUCGAUCCACAGGGGGUAGCCCGUGGGCCAUUCACGAUGAAGCAUUUGCGGCAAUGGCACCGGGAUCGCUUCUUCCCCCCGGACUUCAGGGUGUGGAGAAUAGGCCAGACGCAGCUGGAUUCCAUCUUGCUAACUGAGGCCAUGGGCCUGAGAUUUUCUUCUUGACCUGAAUAGGCACUAGCUUUUGUUUUUUUUACCUUGAUUUCUUCAGCAGUAGCUGAGCCUGAAGCAGGCAUCGCUGAGUUAAAGUUAACGUAAAUGUUUAGUUUUGGUUGGAGGCGGUUUAGUGUUGUUCUUUUGUUCUUUGGUGAUAAUGAAACUUAGCUGAUUCCAAUGUCAGAUCCAUAUUAAACCAACAGCAUUGAGCAUACAGAAGAUUACAGUUUUGGUUCGUUUUAUCGAUUCAUUUGGAUCUGAUUGCACUUAC